CGAGUUCACCUACAGCUGGUAUCUGCUAUCGAAAGUCAACCAGGAGUUGGAAGACAUUUUCCACAUUUUCACAAGGUUUAAAACUAGAAUGGACAUGGAUGUCAAAGUUUUAGCCGUUGAUGAUUUCGGCCGUUUCGAAGUAUCUGAAAUAUUUAAUCCCGGUAUUAACGUGGGUUUAACGACAAGGAGAAUUGGAAAACUGCAAAACGGUUCAGUUAUUAUCGAUAAAAACUGGUCGUACUAUGAAUCCCGGAUGAAUAUGACUGGCGUCUUGAUCCGUUCGGCUAAUGUGAUUCGAUAUCCCUUCACCACAUCCUUCGACGAAUACAUGACUGAUCCAAAGCUAAUGAAAUAUGAUAUUUACAGCAAGUUUCACUAUCAGUUGUUCCAGGGCUUAGUUCAUAUCCACGGAUUUGAGUACAACACAAGUUUACCAUUUUCUUGGUUCGGCAACACUUCGAGUGGUGAAGACGGUGGGUUGGCGAAAAUGUUAUGGGACGAUACGAUCGACAUCAGUAGCGCUGGUUGCAUUUUGAGGCUUUUGGACUCGGACCGAAUAGACUUCUAUGACUACAUAAUGCCGUAUUACAAGUUCAGGUCCUGCUUUUUUUUUCGCAAUCCCGGAGUCGUAAAGCCGAACUUCUACGAAGCAUUAAAGCCGUUUGACAAACAAUCCUGGAUCGUCACUCUCUACGUAACCGGAAUAGUGUGCAUAUGCAUUGAAAUUGCUCAUUUUGUGGAAACCCGUCAUAGAGGCGGCGACUUGCAAAACUCUAGCUGUAGCUUCCGCUCCCUGUUUGUCGUUGUUGCCGUGUUUUCCCAACAGGGCUUGGGAACGAUUCCCAGUAGCAUAUCGACCCGGAUUAUACUCCUGCACCUUCUCAUCUGUUCAGUACUGCUUUACAACUACUACACGUCGAGCUUAGUAUCCUCGCUGAUCAGUACUGAACCGGAAGUUAUGAAAACCAUAAAAGAACUACUGGAAAGCAACCUGAAAGUUGGCAUCGAAUUGCAGCCAUACACGAUCACCUACAUGUUGGACAGAGUUAAGGAGGAUCACUAUCUCAACCAGUUGAAUCAAUCAAAGAUCUUCUAUCGCAACACCCCGAACAUUUUUACUGCCGAACAAGGAAUCCGAUUGGUGCAUCAGGGCGAUUUUGCAUUUCAUACCGAAUCUAUUACCGCCUAUCCUUUGAUAGCUGACACGUUUGAACAAGAGUCCGUAUGCAAUCUGGCGGAGAUCAUUCUGAUCAAUAGCGACACCUCGCUGAUGGCUCAGAAAAAGAGCCAAUACAAAAAACUAUUCCAAGUUAGCCUAAGGAAAAUGUGGCAAAGUGGAAUAAUACGAAAACUGCACAAAACAUGGGUGGUCAGCAAACCUGAGUGUCUCUCCAGUGCAAGGAUCAUUUCCGUAGGAAUUAACGACUUGUUCCUGCCGUAUUUUCUAUUAGCAAUGGGUGUAUUUGGAGCUUUAUGUAGUUUAAUUUUUGAAAUAACGUGGAAACGAACACGAUUUUGGCGUUAAAUGGUCAUAUGAGUUGCGUAUAGGCAACCCUUAUGAUCCCUUAUACGCAAGUUUAAAAGUCCAAACGCCCCUGGUGGCUAAGAUUAUAACUAUACGUUAACUAGUAAUUUGACAUUUGUUUUGUUGACAUUGGCGUCACAUUGGUGUUUGUGAUUUGUUUUGGUUCCUUCUAGUCAACUAUUGCAAGAUUUUAAAGAAAUAGAAACAGACCGAAAAGUGUUUUGUCAA